AUGAUGAAAAGAACGGUAUCACCGAGCUUCAUCCGGUCCAUGGCUUCGGCAUCUUGCUUCUAUUCUUCUAACAAGGUAUUGCUGCCGUCAGUGAUCAAUUUCAGCCGUAGUGGCACAGAGUUCAAACUACAAUUUAUACCCAAUUACCGAUUACCAGGUUCUCGACCAAUAGUCACAGAUACCGCACAUGUAUUGGAGCAAGUUGGAAGGAAAGCUCUGACCUGCCAACCUUCUGAUUCUGUGUGUCAGCAAAAGGAUAGCAAGGACUUUCACGAUCGGCAGGCACUUCCAUUUACCGUUAAACCAAAGGAGAAAGGUACUAAGCCUGCUCGAGUGCUGUCUACUAAAGACUAUAUCAGAGCUUAUGUUGCCCUCACUAAGCCAAAUUUAACCUUUUUAGUGAUGCUCUCGUCGAUUUCGACCUACGCAUUAACUCCUAAUUCGGCAGGAAUAGCUGAGUUGGUUUUUCUAUCUAUUGGAACGAUGUUAUGCUCUGGGGCUGCUAAUGCUAUCAAUAUGGGAAGAGAACCCAACUACGAUAAAAUGAUGGUGAGGACAUCCGCAAGACCUGUCGUCAGAGGAAUAGUUUCUCCUAAAGAGGCUUUCACUUUUGCUGGGAUCACAGGUACCAUUGGAACUGCCAUUCUGUAUUUUGGUGUGAAUCCUACAGUGGCAGGAUUAGGAUUCUUGAAUAUCGUCCUUUACUCCUGGAUUUACACCUCAUUAAAGAGAAAAAGUAUAUUGAAUACGUGGGUUGGGGCCAUAGUUGGGGCUAUUCCUCCCUUAAUGGGAUGGGCAGUUAGCUCUUCACUAGCAGAUCCGGGUGCUUGGUGUCUAGCUGCGCUACUAUAUGCCUGGCAAUUCCCUCACUUCAAUUCGUUAUCUCAUAACAUUCGAAGUGAGUAUAAACGUGCAGGUUAUGUGAUGACAGCAUUUGAAAACCCCAAGUUGAAUGCCAGGGUUGCCUUAAGGUACUCAUUCCUCAUGUUCCCCAUUUGCUUCGGUCUCGCCUAUUUCAAUGUCACAGAUCCAUAUUUUGUACUGGACUCUUCGUUAUUGAACGGAUGGAUGUCGUACUGGACGUUCAAGUUUUGGCUCCAACAGGCUUCUAACUACUCCCGAAAGACUUUGGCAGCAGGAGGAGCUUCACAGGCAGCGGUGGAACUGGCAAACGGAUAUGCAAGGAAAGCUUUUUGGUGCUCAGUGUGGCACCUUCCUGGAAUUUUAGUGCUGGCCAUGUUACAUAAGAAGGGCCAAUGGGAUCGUUUUUUCUCAUAA